AGGGUUUCCAGAAAGGAAGGAAAGCCACAGAUUUGCCAACUGUCAGAGAGUUCAGAUACUUCAAAUUCUGAAAGUGAACCAGAGAGUGAACCAGAACAAGUUUCUGGGUACCACAAACUACUUGCUACAUUAAAGAAUGUUUCUGAGGAAGAAAAGGAAGAUGAGGAGGAGGAGGAAGAGGAAGAAGAAGACAGUGUUGUAGAUGAUACAGAAAUGAAUGAUGAAGAUGAUGGUAGUGAUGUCAGUGUGGAAGAAGAGAAGGCAGCAGAGUCUACUGAAAUGCGAAAAAAUGUAGCCUUAUCUGCUGACCCUGAGGGAAAAGAUGGGGAAGGGCCACCUGGCACAUCACAAGAAUCCCCCGAGGAGUUCACAGAUGCCAAACAUGAGUCACUGUUCAGCCUGGAAACCAAUUUUCUCGAAGAGGAAAGUGGAAACGACUCUUCUUUAAAAGUAUCACAAGAUCCGUUUCUACAACAUGUGAACAAAGAACUGAAAGAAAAAGACAUUCAGGCUUUUCCCACAAAUCCCAAAACUACCCAGCAGCUAAAAUGGCCUGUUCUAGGCCAGCUUGUCUUUUCAUCCAAGUUUCAGAAGUUGGAAACAUUUAAACCCCCAAAGGAUAUUGACUUCCAGUCACUUCAUCUCCAGAAGCCUCUGGGAUCCACCUGGGCCAAGACCAACAGCCAGUUCCUGUCUGGUCCCCAGAAAUCAAGUAGCCCCUUCACCCCUCUCCAGAAAGAACUCUUCUUAAUUAUGAAUUCUUACCAGGACCUGUUCUACCCAGAAAGGACUGCCCUAAAGAAUGGGGAAGAGAUCCGCCAUGUGUACUGCCUGCAUGUGAUAAACCAUGUCCUUAAAGCCAAUGCCCAGGUGCUUGGCAACAAUAGCAGACGCCGAAGCCAGAAACUUGGAGUGGGUGACGACGAUGACUUCAGGGACCAAGGGCUAACCAGGCCCAAGGUACUGAUAGUGGUGCCAUUUCGGGAAGCUGCUUUGCGGGUGGUACAACUCUUCAUCAGCCUCCUUGAGGGCGACAGCAAGAAGAAAAUCAUUGUGAGCAAUAAAAAGAGGUUUCAGGGAGAGUAUGGCUCUGCUCCCGAGGAGAGACCACCCAACUUGAAGAGGCCUGAGGAUUAUGAAGCUGUGUUUGCAGGCAACAUUGAUGACCACUUCAGGAUUGGAGUGGCAAUACUUCAGAGGAGCAUCCGACUCUACGCCCCCUUUUACUCCUCGGAUAUCCUCAUCGCUUCCCCUCUGGGCUUGAGGACCAUCAUUGGUGGAGAAGGAGAGAAAAAGAGGGAUUUUGACUUUUUGUCUUCUAUUGAGCUUCUCAUCAUUGAUCAAGCUGACAUUUACCUGAUGCAGAACUGGGAGCAUGUCCUGCAUUUGAUGAACCACAUGAACCUACUACCCCUGGACUCUCAUGGUGUAGACUUUUCUCGAGUGCGGAUGUGGAGCCUCAGUAAUUGGUCCAAGUACUAUCGGCAGACACUGCUGUUUGGGGCCCUGCAGGAUGCCCAGAUCAACUCAGUGUUCAACAAGUACUGCACCAAUUUGCAAGGCCAGGUGGCUGUGAAGAAUGUUCCAAUGACAGGCUCCAUCAGUCAUGUCCUGGUGCAGCUCCCACAUGUCUUCCAGAGGAUGGAAGUCGACAGCCUAGCUUCAGUGAUCGAUGCCAGGUUUAACUUUUUUGUGAACAAGAUUCUACCUCAGUAUCGCGAUGCAGUGAUGUCUCACACGCUCAUCUACAUCCCCUCCUACUUUGAUUUCGUGCGUCUCCGAAAUUUCUUUAAGAAGGAGGAACUCAACUUCACCCACAUCUGCGAGUAUACCCAGAAGUCUGGCGUCUCCAGGGCCAGACACUUUUUUCUUCAAGGAGAGAAGCAGUUUCUGCUCCUCACAGAGCGGUUCCAUUUCUAUAAAAGAUAUACAAUAAAAGGCAUCAGGAACCUGAUUUUCUAUGAACUGCCAACGUAUCCACACUUCUACAGUGAAAUCUGUAAUAUGCUGAGAGCUACCGACAGAGGAGAAGAAGCCACGUGGACCUGUACUGUCCUCUACUCCAAGUACGAUGCCCAGAGGUUAGCUGCCGUAGUUGGUGUGGAGCGAGCAGCACAGAUGCUACAGUCUAAGAAGAAUGUUCACCUCUUUAUUACUGGAGAAAACUGAGAUUUUGUUGGACAGAAAAUGGCAUUUGGCAUGAUAUAUAAUACUUGAACCUCUGCCACUUGGACCCAAUUCUGAUUAUUUAUACAGGAGAGGGAUUGAUACAAGUAAAGAGCACUAGCCAAUGUCAGUAUUAUCUGAUACUUCUUUCUUUUCAGGUCAUUUGUCCCUGAAAAGUUACAUGUAAACCAAAUUUUGGUAAAUCAUACCUUUCAGAGAUGAAGAGGAGGUUAGAAGGACUCUGAAAAGAUCACAGAAGGCAACUUCCACUUGUAAAUCUUUUUGUAAGCCGUAAAUUCUUUUAUUAUGAUUUUAUCUCUAACUUAUUUCACUUGGUAAAUUCUUUGAAAUUU